AUGACUACGGCCAUUGAAUAUUGCGUGUUCGUCAUGACCUUGAUUGGUGUAAUUCACAUUCUCAUUCAAAUGGUCAAUUUGUAUUUCCCCAACAGCUGGAUUGGUAAGCUACUCCGCCCACCCUCACCUCCUCCUCCUCCUCUCCCCCCUCCACCUCAAUCCCCAGCAGGCGACUCCCAGUGGAAGACACUGAUGGAAGAGAGGCUCAAAGCGGUGGAGGAUAUCCUCGUAGAGGAAAGACGCCACCGUGAGAAUCGCUCUGAGAUGUUGGCGAGGCUGAGAACGGUGGAGAAUAUCCUCAUAGAGGAUAGGCACCACCGUGCCAACCCCCCUGAGAUGGAGGUCAAGGGUCCUAGGAGCCGACCCAGUAAAGGGCUCCUGGCCUUGAUGACUAGACUAAACAUCUACGAGAGGUCGGCCGGCAAAGUCGACUCCCACCUGUCCGUUGGUGCCGGCUACGAACCUUCAGCUUCGUCUGGAGAGCCGACGGGAGUCGCACUCUACAGGCAGGCCCGUUAUCCUCCUUUCAAUCCAUAUCUUCUGAGUACUGACGACAUUAGAACACAAUCUUUAGCCGCAGAGUUUACUACAGCUUUUCGGCAUACGCUGGAUGUUUAUGCUUACCUACCAGCAAUUCAACCCGGAGAAACAGCAUCUUCACGAGCAAUCAAUCCAUCCCUACCCUCCGCCUGA